AUGGAUAGCGAUAUAAACUCGUUAGAUAUGGACCGAGAUUGUGAAGUAAUUGAUUUAUUAGAAGAGAGGGCCGAGAUUAACAGUAAUGACGACAAUUCGUUAUCGUUAUAUGAGAGGACAGAAAGAAGUCGAGCAGAGAAGAGAAGUCGGGUGGUAGACGAGGAAGAAGUUUGGACAGAAGUCGGGAGAAGAGGUAAAGUAGUGGCAUGCAGUGCGUCUGACGAUGAUAUGACUAGAGUACCAGAAGAACAAAUUGAGAUAAGUAUGACAUCGAAAAAGGAGAAGUUACCUAAGCAAUUAGGAUUGGCCCGUAUCCUCAAGCAGGAAAAUAUAUUAGAUAUUAUUCGAGUGAGGUCCGAGAGCGUCGGAAACAUUCCUGAAAAUAACUUCGAAGAAAUAGAACCAACGAUUGGAAAUGAAAAUAUAAAAACAAAGAAGAAAAAAAUAAGUUUAAUUAAACAAUACUUGAUUGAUUAUACUGCCAACUCUAAUCUACACGGUUUAAAAUAUAUCGGAGAGAAGGAACGAACUUCGGUUGAAAAAAUCUUCUGGCUUUUUAUGUUUAUUUGCUGUGUGAUACUCUGCUCUGGUCUCAUACGUAAAGUUUGGAUAAAAUGGAAUGAAAGCCCUGUGAUUGUAAGCUUUGCUGAAAACUCUACACCAGUGUGGCAGAUUCCUUAUCCAGCUGUAACGGUGUGCUUCGAAACAAAAUCACAGCAAACUAAGUUUAAUUUCACAAAAUAUUACCAUCUCUACAAUAACGAGAGUACAUAUGGAAACCUAACCGAUGAAGAACGUGAACUCUUCGAAGACGUUAGUUUAGUUUGUGAUGAUCAUCUUGCUCCGGCUAAUGGAAGGAAAUUUUCAUCCGGGAACAUAACAGUAGAAAAUUUAAUACAGGUCUCGCCAAAUAUAAGCGAAAUGUUUUUGGGGUGUAAAUGGAAAGACAUUCCAAAAGGCAGCUGCUCUGAUUUAUUUCAGCCAAUUUUGACAGAAGAAGGCCUUUGCUAUACAUUUAACACCAUGGGUGCUAAAGAGCUUUUUAGGGUUGAAAAUUUACACUCAGAUUACAGUUACCUAGAAAAUUCAAACAAGACUCAAACUUGGACUUUAGAAAAUGGUUACCCUCCCAACACGCCGCUAGAAACAUAUCCUCACCGUGGCAGUGGGUAUGGUGCAAAAGCAGGCUUAGUAUUCCUUUUAAAAGCUUUUCAAGAAGAUUUGGACUACCUCUGUAGAGGACCUGUACAAGGCUUUAAGGUACUGUUACAUAACCCAGCAGAAAUGCCACGGCUUUCACAGCAGUAUUUUAGAUCUCCAUUAUCUCAAGAAGUGGUUGUCGCGGUUAAGCCAAAAAUGAUGACCACAUCAGAAGGACUUAAGCCUUAUGAUCCAACUAGACGCCAAUGCUAUUUCCCAAGUGAACGCUACCUACAUUAUUUCAAAGUUUACACGCAAGCCAAUUGUGAAAUGGAAUGUUUAACUAAGUUCACUUUUGCGAGAUGUGGUUGUGUACAUUUCGGGAUGCCACAUGGCCCAGAAAUGCCAGUAUGCAACGCCGGAAGCGUUGCGUGUAUGAAGAAAGCACAGAUGGAAUUAGUCACAGUUGAAGUGCAAUCCGGUUUGGAAAAGGACCCACAUAAUAACGACACUCUCGGCGAAGCGCGUCUAGUUGCCGCGGAUUGCAAAUGUCUUCCAGCGUGCACUUCCAUCGAAUACGAAGCGGAAACCUCACAAGCUGAUUAUGACUGGAAGGCGCUGUACAGAGCUUUUAAUUUGCCAAUAGAGGAGGACUCUGAAGAUUUAUUAUACGCACGUGUUAUGAUUUUCUUCAAAGAAGCACAAUUUAUUACUUCUCGGCGUUCAGAACUUUACGGACAAACCGAUUUUCUUGCCAACUGUGGAGGUUUACUAGGCCUAUUUAUGGGAUUUUCAAUACUCAGCGUUGCAGAAAUUUUAUAUUUCCUUACAUUAAGACUGUACUGCGUGCUGUGGAAGAGACGCCAAGCUAAAAAACGUGCUCAUUUGAAGAAAAAUGCUAUCCUGGCUCCACAAGAAGGAAAAUUAAAAGAUUUGCAUAUUUAU